GCGUUGAAUGUUAGGCGGCCCAGGGUAGUGUGGGCGCGGCAGGGAGCUAUGUGGUGACAUACGGGGUGUAUGCUGGAUGAUGAGAACUCGCUGAUGUGGCAUAUUAAGCUGAGGUGGAACCGCAUUCUGCUGUUGGUUGUACCGAAGCAAAGACCGGUCAUCAUAAUUGCACAUCAGGUUACCGGUGAGAAAUCUGUGGUUGGGGGCAGCAUUUAUGAGGUUCUCCUAACGGAUUACCUAAGGUGCCUACCGUCAGAGGUAAGGACCAAGCUGGUUGACGAAGCCUAUGUUGAACAGCACACCUUCACUUCUUUUAGUAAGAAAGCUCUGGACAUCGAGGCAAAGCUASGAUCUGCGCAUCAGGCCCCCAACGAUGGUAGGAAGAGACUGCCCCAAGAUUGGAAGAAAAAGGGUCAGUUAAUGUUCGUUGACCACGAUGGUCAAACGACGGAGAUUGACGACUACUCGGAUCUUGGGGAGUUCACAGAGCACAAUGGGGGCAGUGAGACUUCAGAUGGUGGAGUCGUAGCACCCAUCAAGGAAAAGGCUAGGGGGACCGGGAAGAAGAAGGUAGGACGGUGCACGGGUCAGGGCGACCAAGGAACACCCGCAUGGGUGAAGAUUGGUUUAGAGUAUGACGUGUGGCGUGACCACGUUGCUAGGGGCACAUGCAUGAAUUGUGGCCAUUAUGGUCACACGUCCAGGACUUGCCGCGGCAAGAAAGUCACCACGAAGGUAGCCUCACCAACGGUGCAUGCCGUGCUCUUCGAUUUCACGAAUAAAAACAAGGAUUUACCACUCAAUGAAAAGAGGAAAUGGGUGAUGGACAAGCUCAGGGAAAUGGAGAACGUACCUGGCACAGAACCGGAUGUCUCCUACCACAAAAGAGAUAUGGAGAUGGAUGGGAGUGAACACGUUAAGCAAUCAAGCAAGCUGCAUGGAGACAGGAAAGUUCUACCAAAUGAAGGAACAACAUCAAUGAGGGAAGAUUCCUCUUCUCGGGACAAGACAGCUGGCCAGGAAGGAGGGGAAGAGGACAUGGACUGUUCUCUAACCUCAGGAAGAGGUAAGAAAAGGGAUAGAGCAGCGUCAAAUGCAACUCAGUCCUCCAAGGAAGAAGGGGGGGAGCAGGCUGAGGAGGACGACAACGAAUCUGAGGACGAGUUGAAGGAGGAUGACAAGAAGAUGGAGGAGRAAGACGAGGAGUCCCUUGAAUACGUACAGCAGUACGCCAGGUCACUGGAGAGGGCAAGAUCAGUGGAAUUCGAAGUAAGAUUGACACAUCACAAACACCUCCGAAAUCUCAGAGCAGUGACGACAAUGGCCAACGACACAAACACCGAAAACAGGUUUGAAGUGCUAGAGAAAGAAAGGGAGAUCAACAGAUUCUAUGCAACACGAUACAGUUUGAAAACGAAGGUGGAAAAGGACAAGAUCAAGGUGGAUCUAAGCAGUUAUGGACAGCAGUUCACAUGACCCAAAAACUACGAAGAGAAAAACGAAGGAAAGAGGGCCAAAAGGCAAAGAAACAUGGCAAGCAACUCAAAGGCAAAAGAACAAACAAAUCAGACCACAAAGG